AAAAAUAAGACCUACUUUAUGGGAUCUUCUCCUUGUGAGGCCGAACUUCAGGAAUUAAUGGAGCAAAUUGACAUCAUGGUAAGCAACAAAAAAUUGGAUUGGGAAAGGAAAAUGCGGGCUUUGGAGACACGAUUAGAUCUUCGGGAUCAAGAGUUGGCAAAUGCACAAACAUGCUUGGAUCAGAAAGGCCAAGAGGUGGGCUUACUUAGGCAGAAGCUGGACAGUCUGGAAAAAUGUAACUUAGCAAUGACGCAAAAUUAUGAAGGACAACUGCAAACCCUAAAAGCUCAAUUUUCCAAACUGACGAAUAGCUUUGAGAAACUGAGACUACACCAGAUGAAACAAAGUAAAGUUCGGCGAAAGGAGUUACCGCACCUCAAAGAAGAAACACCCUUUGAACUGAGCAACUUGAACCAGAAAUUAGAGGAAUUUAGAGCAAAGUCAAGAGAAUGGGACAAGCAAGAGAUACUCUAUCAGACUCAUCUGGUUUCUUUAGAUGCUCAACAAAAAUUAUUAUCUGAGAAGUGUAAUCAAUUUCAGAAACAGGCACAAAGUUACCAAACUCAACUCAGCGGUAAAAAGCAGUGCUCAGAAGACAGCAGCUCAGAAGAUCCUCGGUUGAUGAGCGACCCAGAUCACAGUUGCGAAGCCAGUGAAAGAGAUGAGUUCAUUAUUGAAAAACUAAAGUCAGCUGUGAGUGAAAUAGCAUUAAGCAGGAAUAAGUUACAAGAUGAAAAUCAGAAGCUCUUACAAGAACUGAAGAUGUACCAAAGACAGUGCCAGGCCAUGGAAGCAGGACUCUCAGAGGUGAAAAGUGAGUUACAGUCACGUGAUGAUCUCUUGAGAAUCAUAGAAAUGGAACGAUUGCAGCUGCACAGAGAAUUAUUAAAAAUAGGAGAGUGCCAAAAUAUUCAAGAAAGUAAAAAAAGACUUGAAUCAUCUUAUUCACCUUCUACUAAAGAACCAGAAAGGAAGAGGAAAGAGCUGUUUUCAGUGACCCUAGAUCAACCAAAUCAUGAAAAAGACUUGAACAAGAUAAGAAGGCCACUCUAUCAGGAGGAAGAGGACCAUGGCUCUGAGCAGGAAAGAAUGAGGAACGAAAUCUCUGACCUAACCGAGGAGCUUCAUCAGAAGGAGAUCACUAUAGCAACUAUCAUGAAGAAAGCUGCCCUUCUGGAAAGACAGUUAAAAAUGGAGUUAGAAAUCAAAGAAAAAAUGUUAGCAAAACAACAGGUCUCAGAUGUGAGAUAUAAAGCUGUCCGAAUGGAAAACACACACCUGAAAGGAAUGAUGGGAGAUUUAGAUCCUGGACGGUACAUGACAAGUGAAAUGACUGAUAUUAAGACUAUGGACUUCACUAACAGGGAACAUUCAAGGCAUACAUCUAUUAACAAACUGGAACAUGAGAAUGAAAGGCUCCGAAAUGAUCUUGCAAAACUUCGUGCCAAUGGCAAAUCAGCAUGGGCUAACCAAAAUACCUAUGAGGAAAUGGGACAGUACACCUAUCAAAACCAAAUAAAAAUGGAAAAACAUGAAGAUAGACUUAGCCAAGAUCGUGAGCCAAACCGAAGUGUGACACCUCCUCUACCACCUUUGCCAUUUCAAACCAAAGAAAUGACAAGUCCCCUGGUUAGUGACGAUGAAGUGUUCCCAUUGUCUCCCCCAGAUAUAGUCUUCCCAGCCUCUCUGGCUGCACAGCAUUUCCUUCUGGAGGAAGAGAAACGAGCAAAAGAAUUUGAGAAACUUCUAAAUACGCAUAUUGAUGAACUGCAAAGACAUACAGAAUUUACUCUUAAUAAAUACACCAAGCUAAAACAAAAUCGACACAUAUGAGCUUUUAAAUUCUUUUAUUUGCUUCCCCCACCCCAAGAAAAAAAAGCUCUGGCAAAAUAUUUACAAAGCUGAAUAAUGAAACUGAGAAAUUUUGUUCCGUUUUCUAAGAAAUCAUUUCUGUUAGGCAGCUAGAAAAUAUUUUGUUCGAUAAAGCUGUUUGUAUUUCUACAUUUACAUAGUAAAUUGUUCUGCUGCAGAGUAACGAGAAAAUAAACGUUGACUACUCCAAAAGAGAUUCGUUUCCCAGUCUAAGGAAUAUUGUGGAAUUCAAUAUGGGGCUUUUCCCCCACUUGAAUAGUGUAUACUGAAAACCCAUUUCACCUGUAACAACACAAAAUGAGGGAAAGGGAAUGCCACCUUCCAAAUACCAACGCAUCGAGCACAGCUCACUUGUUCUAGGUCUGGAAACUCGAGGAUUUUUAAGAAUGAAAAGACAUUAUUUUGAGCUUUGUCAACAUCCUAAAAUUUCUUUUAGGAAAAAAAAAACAGUACAGCUUUACUGGUUUCGCGUUCAUCCUUGUAAUGUCUCUGUUUUAACACAAUG